AUGCAAUUGCUGACAUUCAGGGAUUUGGCCACUAAGUUCUCUCAAGAAGAAUGUGAAAGCAAUGUGAUGUUAGAAAACUACAGAAACCUGGUUUUUCUGGGUCUUGCUGUCUCUAAGCCAUCCCUGAUCACCUUUCUAAAGCAAAUGAAAGAGUUCUGGAAAUUGAGGACGCAAGAGAGAGUGAGCAUAUAUCCAAGAAAACUUCACCUUUGCCAAAUUUCUCAUCUUAGGGUUGAGUCUAAAAACAUAGUUUGCUGUUUAUUCACUCCUAGAUAUUAA